AUGCGGAUUCUAUUAAUUCUUUCUACUUUUAUCGGAUUCACAAUGUGUCGACUAAUGUGUGGAAUUGAGCCAAUCACAACGAAUUGGAUGGAGAUUCAAAUCAAAUUAGAUUGUCCGGCUAUUUUAGACCUCGUUAACUAUAACUUACUUUUAACAGAACACCAUCGAAAGUGCUGUCUGGCUCAUGGUUGGUGCUACGUUUAUAAGAAAGUUUCGAUGGAAGCGUGCAAUAAUGAGUACUGUAGAUGUGUGGAUGCGUUGGCGAAAGAGGGAACUUGCAAGAUGCACUCUGACAACUUCUGUAUGAAUGUGAAGAAUUUGGGACCGAUGUUAUGGCCGACUAUCAAUGAGAACGGAAUGGCUAUCUAA